CAACCAAUAAUGUUUGUGUGAAAGCUGCUCAGCCGGUUUCUUUCCAUUCCAACGGCUGCUUCUCUGGAAACAGUUUAAAGUGAAACUAAAGUUUUCUCCUCACAGUGUCGGCAGAUUAUCAGGAGGAGGAAAGUGACAACUGGCUGUGAACUGAAUGUGUUUUUCAAGUGUUCGUUUAGUGAGAAGCAGAUUAAUGAGGACUUUGUGGUUGUUGUAGUUUUUACAGAAGAUGAAGAUGUUUGUGGUGUUUGUGAUCCUCGUGCACGUUUCCCAGCAUGCCUCAGCUGUGGAGCUGUAUGAGGGGGAGGAGUUUGUCCUGCUGCCCUGUGAGUUUCAAACUUUUGAACUGGACAACCCCUCAGUGGUGUGGAGCCGCUACGAUCUCAAUCCUCCAACCGUCCACCAGCGUCAGCAGGAAGGUGAUGAAUUUAAAGACCAAAACCAGCUUUACAGCGGCCGAACAUCCAUGAUGGCUGACGCUCUGGAAACUGGAGACCUCAGACUCAAUCUGACAAAACUCUGCCUCUCUGACAGCGGCACCUACACCUGCACCGUCAGAGCAUUAGGAGGACAACAGAGAGUGAGAGACAUACAGCUGCAGGUCAAAGAACAAUUUCCAUCCUGGGCCAAAGCUCUCCUGGUUCUCCUGGUUCUUGGUCUUAUUGUUGGGGGUCUUUUGGUGAAUUUUCGGCAGUAUUUUAUGUCAG